AUGGACAAGUUCAAAAAAAUAGAUAAGGAGUUUUUGCUUACGGACAGUUCAUUGAACAGUUACAGUUACCGCUUACUCUCAUCGGGCUACCUGAUGAGUGAGUUUAAGAAAAAUCCCAUUGGCUACUACAUGCAUGGAAAAGAGGGAAGUGAGUUUCCCCGUGAAAUGGGUGUAUUGGUAAAAUGGGAUGACCUGCGUGCAGAUGGCGACAAAGUGUUUGGAAAGCCCUGCAUCAAUUUAAGCCACCCACGCGGACAGCGUACAGUGGAUGAAAUUGAAAGCGGUUUCUUAAACGGUGCAUCUGUUGGCCACAUUGUAGCCAUAGAAGUAAGCAGCGAGCUUACUGAUUACCUGGAAGGCCAAACAGGCCCCACAGUUAAGAAAUGGUACAACCGUGAGUGCAGCCUGGUAGACAUACCCGGUAACUACAAUGCUCUUAAGGAUUUAUUUGAUGAACAGGACAACCCCAUUAACCUGGCUGAUUUUACACCCCAAAAAUUAAAAAUGAAACAAAUCUUUUUUACCCCCGCGCAAUUAACGCUGAUGAACUUGAAAGCAGAUGCUGAUGAGGCUACUGUUACCACGGCAUUUGCCAACCUGGUUGCAAAAGCUGGCAAAGCAGACCAGUUGCAGACUGAGCUUACCACUGCCACCAAUGAGAAAAACACAGCCGUUAAAGACCUGGCUGAUUUUAAAACAGCUGCUGCGCAAACAGAGGUAAAAGAUUUGUGCGCUGCCGCCUGCAACGUAGACAAGAAAAUUACCAAGGAAGUAGCCCUCCAGCUGGAGAAAGACUACUCCGGUAACCCUGCCGGUCUUAAAAGCCUGCUGGCUGCUAUACCCGCACCCGCAGGAGUGGUGAAGUCUAUUACAGGCGCUGGCGGUGCCGCUAAAGACCUGGCUGCAAUGACCUAUGACGAACUGGAUAAAGCCGCUACUGUGGUUAAGAAGAACCUUAACGUUUUUCCGCAAGUAGCUGUAAACAGAACGGAUAGCGAGCUUACCUACGCUAUAGACACUUACUACGCAUUGCCCAGGCAGAUACAGGACAUUGAAAGUUAUGAGCUGAGCUAUGAUAAGCGCCAGAGCGUGGUGGGUGAAGAUAUGCAGGCACUGAUACAGCAGGCGAUGAACGGAUUGCUCUACCGCUGGGCACCCAAAAGCGCCACUAACGUAGGUAUGGCAGCAAACAUCAUCUUAACCGAUGGCCCCGCCACUGCUGAAGACCUGAUUGAUGAUACUGCCGCUGGUGCCAGGUCUACGUUUACAAAAAAUGCCUUCAAAAAAGUUGCUAAAAAGUACGCCAAUACAGAUAACCCUGGCCGUAUUACUGGUUUGCUUACCGCAAACCACUACCACCAGUUUUUUGAAUCGCUCAGUGAUGCAGAGAAAACAAACUUUAACAAUGUGGCCGACCUUAAAAACGGCAUCAUUGGAAGGUAUAUGGGUAUUGAUAUUCUUACCCGGAGCUCUGUACUGCGUUACCGUGGCGCAGACCUGGCCAAUUUGCAGGUAGUAGAUGAGCAGGCAGAUGCGUUUGCACCUUCAGCAGAUGACCGCGCAGCCUCUCUAUUCUACAGUGAUAACGCUGUAGAGCGUGCAAAAGGAGAUGUGAAUGUAUUUGAUAACCCAGGACAGGCACUGUACUACGCUGGCUUCUCUAUCAUGCUGGCUACAGUAGUUACAGCGCAAAGCACCCGCAAAGUUACCCAGGCAGAUACCAGUAUUAACGCAACAGGCAGUACCAUUUCUUUUACCAAUAUGGCCAGCAAGCUGAUGAGCAUUCAGGCCAGCGUUGUGAAGAUAAGCGGUACCCUGGCAGGAGAGGUUUACCUGGAUGGCACCAUUGAUGGCAACUGGAUUGCCCAGGACAGCCUGGUACUGGCAGAUGCAGCUGUAGCAACAAAGCUCUUCCCCAUAACCCGUACUAACUUUUUGAACUACCGCAUACGCUAUGUACCAACCGGCACACAAACCAGCAGAGUAACAGCAACCUACCUGCGAAGGACGGAUGACAACGGUAACCUAUUAAAAGACAUUGAUGCCAUUGAUGGCAUUGCUGGCAUUGGAGAGACGGUGCAAACCGUUGGCUUUAUCGGCAAGUGCUUCCAGGUAUUUAACCUGCUUGAUGCAGAAACGCAGGGCAUUACAGAAGUAGAGGAGCCAUUUAUGCACCGGCGCGUAAAGGGAUUCUAUGAUGAGGUUGCCGGUAAUCAGGAGUUAUGGCUGAUGGGCCUGGCUGAAACAAUGACCAUGGCCCAGGCGCUUGACAAUAACGAUGAAGAAGGUCUCAAAAAACUUGUCCGGGUAAGCAAUGGCCGGGUGCGCAAGCUGGGUGUUUGCCGCCACCCGGAUGCCGGGUACAAUGCCGGUAACGCCUUUUUUGAUGAUGACGUUGAGCAGGCUGUUUUAAAAGCCAAUACAUUUUGCCAGGCACGCCUGGCAGAGCUGGUGCCCCUGCGCGUUCUUAUUGAAGGCAGAGUGAACGAUGAGGAUAGCCUGGACAUAUUUGAACCCAAAACGGCCAAUGUAGGCAGCGCUGGUGUUGUUCUUGGUAGCACCCUGAAUGACGGAAGCGCUGCAGUAGAAACAUUGCUCGGACGUGCUGUAAAAUAUGGUGCCCAUAUAAAGGUUGGCAAAGUAGCCAACGGCCCCCUCUCUAUUAGCCAGGUAUUCAUUGGCACAAAGCUGCUAAAGGAUGUUGCCAACCUGGAUGCCCUGCACGGUAAAGGCAUCAUUUCAUUUAUGAACCACCCCAGCAAAGCCGGUUUUUAUUUUGGCGUAGACCGUAUGGCCAGCACAGACGAUUAUCGUUUGCUUGCCUUUGGCCUGGUGGUAGACAAAGCCGCUAUUGUUGCCGCCCAGACUUAUGUAGAUGAGCUGGAAGGCGAAGCCGAGGUGGAUGAUAAUGGUAACAUCAGCGAGCUGGAGCUAAAACACCUGGAAGACAGGUUGCGUCAGCAGGUACUUGCUGUAAUGCCUGGCCAGAUAAGCGGCCUCAUUAUUUACAUCAAUCCUAACCAGGAUAUUAUAAAUACCAACCGGCUGCUCAUUAAAGAGGGCAACGAAAAACCCAGCGGCAGUGUGAAGCUGCUGAAGUUUGAGGUAGACCUUAUGAACGAUGCUGCCCAGGCUAUUGGUUAUGCCCAUAUUGGCCAGGUGCCCAAAGAAGCAAUUCUUAUUACCUGUGCCUUCAAAAAAACGGCUACCAACGCCAACAAAAACAGCAUGAAGGCCAUAAGGGCCAAAGAGCGCGAAGAAAAAGAAAAGGCCCAGCGCGAUGCGUGCGAAGUACUGGCCCUCGCCCGCUAUGGAGAAGAGCACAUAAAGCAUUUGAGCAAUAAAAAUAAGGGGCUGUGGUACCUGCCGGUAUACCAGCCGGAAAGUGAUGAAAUAGCCGCCAUGGCAAUUAUGCGCCCUAUAGACCGGCAUGUACUGUCUUAUGCCAGUACCAAGAUUACAGAUGAAGGUCUGUAUGCAUUCCUGGAGUCCUGUAUGAACGAAUGUUUCCUGGAAGGUGACCGCGCAAUUAUUGAUGAUGAUGAGUUCUUUCUGCCAGCGUCAUCUGCAUUUAACAAAAUACUCGAAGGCCACAUGAUGAGCGGAGGCCUGGUAAAACUUGGCCAGAAUGCUCAGCAGACUUUUACAAAAAUGGGCAAGGCUAUUAAAACUGCAGAACAGCACAGCCGUCAAUUGGGACAGUCGUUUACUCAAACAAAUCAAAAGCUUCCAGGAACGGUUAGUUAUGUUGGGGCUUUAAAAAGAACAUUAAAGGAAGCCGCUGACGAAGCGAAGCGCCUGGCAAAGGAAAUGGGCGCUUUAGGCGGUGGUGGUGGCCGUGGUGCGGCUGGCGCUGGAGACAUAGCCAGCGCCAAAAGAGGCGGCGGUUUGGGUGGACUGGUUAGAAUGGCUAUGCCAUAUAUCAGCGCUGCUGCUAUAGCUUCUUUUGGAAUGAGCAGCGUAAAAGCAGCCAACCAGUUUGAUGCGCAAAAGACAUCAUACGGUGUAUUGGCGGGCAAUAAGGGUAUUGGUAAUGCAAUAGCGGACGAUCUGCGUGGGUUGAAAGAAAAUACCAUUAUGGGGCCAGCCGUAUACAAAAACGCCCAAAUGAUGCUUGGUUUUGGUAUAGCGGCCAAAGACAUUAAUCACGAUUUAAGAAUGCUGGGUGAUAUAUCUAUGGGUGAUGCCAACCGGUUGCAGCAUCUUACCCUGGCCUUUUCUGAAGUACAAGCUGCAGGUAAAUUAACCGGUAAAGAGGUCCGGCAAUUUGUGAAUGCCGGUUUCAAUCCACUUAUGGAAAUAAGCAAGAUGACCGGAAAGAGCAUGGCCGAAGUGCGUCAUCAAAUGCAUGAGGGUAAAAUAACAGCCCAGCAGCUUACCCAGGCGUUUGAAUCUGCUACUGGUGAAGGCGGUCGCUUUCACGGCAUGCUGGAAAAAAUGGCCAAUACUGCACUGGGUAAAGGCCAGAUGCUGGAAGGGCGCUUUGCUAGUCUAAAAAUUGCUCUUGGAGAAAGAUUGCAGCCUGCAUUUAUACAAUCUACAGACUCACUUAUUAAAUGGGUUACCUGGGCAAAACACCUGGUUGAAAUUCCAGUGGAGCAAAAACUGCAGGAAGAAAUAAAUAAAAUAAAGUCGCUGCAAGCUGAACUUGUUUCAUCCAAUACGAACCAUGCCAGGCAGGUUGAAAUAUUAAAGGAACUGGAGCAAAUUAACCCAAACAUAGUUAAGGGCAUUAAUGAACAAUCUAUAAGCUACGCAGACCUGGCCCGUAAUGUUGAUAAGGUUACCCAAAGCCUGGGCGCUAAAAUAUUUGCUGAGCGGUUCACAAAAGACAAUGCUGAUGUACUGGAAAAAUAUAACAGUGCAAAAGAGCAGCAGGCCAGUGCCAUGGGUAAGGUAAUGAGCGCUGUGGGCCAGGCCUUUCCAGGCAUUGCCCAGGACGAUAAACUUACGCUUGGACAAAAGCAGGCUUUGACAAAGCAGCGCCUGAUGCAAAUGGUGGAUAAGACUGGUGAUAUGUCUAUGCAGCCUGGAUUAUUUGGUAGCCAUAUAGAAAAAGCAACACCCUGGUUGACCAACCCCAAAACAGGGGUUAAGUACCGCGUGAACGAUAAAAGUGAUGCAAACCGAUUGCUGAUUGAGUUGCAGCAGGGAAUAUUUGCUGCGAACCAGUCCGCUGAUGUUAUUAACAGUACGUCUGGGCAGGUAGCGGUUAUUAAUAAAACAAAGGAGGCGCUGCUAAAGCAGUUUGGUAUAAGCAGCGGUGUUGAGAGUAUGGCCAAUGCUGCCGCUAUAAAAACAAAGAACGGCAAAGAAAGCAAUGCCAAUGCAGCUGAAGCUGGCAACAGUGUAUCAGGCGGCAUUACAGGUGGUGGCCCACGUGUAAUAAACAUUCAUGGGGGAACGUUUGGUUCUACGCCAUACGUAAUACCUGGCGUAAGUGACCCAGAGCCGAUGCCUGAAGGCUUCAAAAUAAGCGAACAAUACCAGGACUACCGGCAGCUGGUAACCCCUACUGGUUCACUUAUACAGGAAAAGAUUGGGCCUUACAAGCCUUUUAAGCCCAACGCCAUAAAAUGGAAGCGGAGUAUUGACAGUUACAGCGACAGCUCUUUGAUAAAAGUGCCAUCAGUGGCUAUGCUAAAAAGUGGUGGAGAUGUCUACACCAGGGUUGAAAGCGGAUUGCAGUUUAAAGAAGGCAUGAAGGUAGAAGUUGCCUGCGGUUACAACGGCAAUAACCUGGUGCGCUUUAAAGGCUUUGUACGCCGCAUUAAUUACACGCUACCGUGCGAGAUAGAAUGCGAAGGGUACAGCUACCAGCUUAGACUAAAGCAGAAUAUAAACAAGGUAUACCCCAAAGGCACCAAAAUGAAAACUGUGUUGGUAGACCUGGUUGAGGGAACUGAUAUUAAGCUUAGCAGCCGCAUACCAGAUGUUACUGUAGCAAGCGCCAUUGUAUUUAAACGGGCAACCGGCGUGCAGGUACUUGACUGGUUUAAAGACAAGAUGCUGCAAACUGUUUAUUUCAACUACGAUGAACUGUACGUGGGUCUGAAGGAAACUGAACUGAAAGGCACUGUGCGCCACCGGCUGGGCUGGAACGUGAUAAAAGACAAUGAUCUAAAGUUUAACGACCAUAAGGAGCAUGCUGAAGUAAAGAUACAGCUGCAGAGCAGAGGUGUAGACGGCGGGUUUGUUAAGGAGGUGUACGAUACAAAAUACACCAAUACAAAGGUGAAACGUGUGCAGGUUCGGUUUGAUGCUGCAUAUAUGGCCCAGAUGGCAAAAGAUUAUAAAGCCAGUUUGCUGGGUUGGGGGUACGAGGGAAUGAUUACAACUUUUGCCGUGCCAUACGUUGAACCUGGUAUGGUUGAUUCUAUUGAAGACCCAAGGUACCAGGAGCGAAACGGCAGGUACUUCAACUGCACAAAGCGGAACAAUGAUAUGAUUGACUUGCUGCACGAUAUAAACGGGGAACUGAUUUUGGCCGGCGAAGACCUGGCCACCGGUGUAAGUGAUUUGCAGCAUCAGCAGGAUUUGCUGUUGGCAGAUAAAGGAAGCAUACCGCAAUACCUUGAAGCUGGCGUAGGUGCAGCCACCUGCAUGAAAGCCCAGGGCAUUACCCUGGCUACAGAUGCCAAUCGGCCAGAUUGGGUUACAAUGUUUAACUCAACCAGCAGGGUGGCCACCUGGAAGAUCAUCUUCUAUGCUUGUGCUUUUUGCAUCAAUAUGGCGCAGCAGCUCUUUGACCUGUUCAGGAUAGAAACCGAUGAUAAAAUUAGCAGGCUAAAACCCCACAGCGCCCGGUGGUUUGCUGAAAAAGCAAAGGCUUUUCAAUAUGGCUUUAACCUGGUUGCAGAAGCCGACUAUUACAAUAAUACCGGCUUAACCGAGGCCCAGAUUAUUGCAAGCCAGGUGGUGGCCUACGCUGCCGUUGUAGAACAGCAGCGGGGCAUACGAAUAAAAGUGGCCAGGCUGGUGAAUAAUGAGCUUGCAGCCCUUACAGUGCCGCAGCUGGAUGCCUUUACGGCGUACAUGGAGCAAAUAAAACCAGCUGGUAUAAAGCUGCUGAUUACUACCGGACCGGCGGAUGACCUAAAAAGUAAACUGCGCGUGUAUUACAACCCGCUGGUAUUGUUGGCCACCGGUGGCCGCAUUGAUGGUACAGAUAGUGAGCCAGUGCAGAAUGCGCUUAAAACCUACCUCAAAAAUCUUCCAUUCAACGGACUAUUUGUGCCAAUGCUGGCUGUAGAUGCUAUGCAGAAAGUUGAUGGCGUAGAAAUUAUAAAAGACGAAUACUGGCAAGCUAGGUACGGCGCAUUGCCCUACAAUGGCAUUGACUAUGAGUAUAACCCGGAUGCAGGAUUUCUGCGGAGAAUAGACUUUACCCAGAAUGGCGGCUUUCCUGCAACACAAUACAUGACCAAGUACAUGCAGGAUAGUUUUCGCAAUUGCUUUAUGGCGCUGGCCGGUCUUAUAGGCGACAAGGUAAUUGUGAGCGGUAUGGAUGUGGUAGGUGGCCAGAUAACAAACGGCUGGAUAAGCUAUAAUGGAGAGUUGAUGCCGUUUUUGGGUGGCCCUACAGAGACUGAAUUUAUAAUUGAGGAAUUGCCUGAAAGCCGCCUGUUUAAUGAUAACACAACCAAAGAUGUGUAUUUCAAAAAACAAGCUCGAUUUGGUUCUCCAGGUAUAACGUUCGCCGAUCUAAAAAGGGUGUCAACCAUCAUUGCCUUCUUUGAAUCAUUCAAUACGCUGGUUCAAACCUUCGACGAUUUUGUUACUGAUACGAAUUUGGCAAUUACCGACCUCUACGCAAAAAUAAAAAUUGCCUAUGUAAGCUUCAUUGCAGUGGGCAAUCCAGCCGCCAAUCAACUUAUAAAUGUGGUACAUAACCAGGACAUAGCAGGCGGCAAUUAUCUGGUUUCCGGCUCUCUGGUAAGCCUGGGUGCAGAUUACAACCAGGACAAUGACACUGUAUGGAUGAACAUAUUAAAUGGAAAAGCCAGCGCCGAAACAGUAACCAACCUGGCAGCUGCUGUUUUGCCAGAGCAUUUAAACCCGGCACCCAUCGCCAAUUUCUCUUACACCUACCUGGCAGGUGUGCGUGGCGAUGGACUGGUGCGCGACAGUAUACUGCUAAAUGGUGUGUGGGUAAAAGGGAUUGCGACUGAUGGAAGCAUUGACAGUACUGCCAAUAAGAUUGCAUCUGUUAAAUGGGUUUUAGAAUGGAUUCUUACCCACGGCGGCAGUGGCGGUGGCAGCGGUGCCAAUAAUUUUUUGCAAGGCCAUACAUUUGAUACACUUACUGGAUUGUUCAGCUCAACCCGGAGUGGACUUUCUCCUGUAUCGGUGAACAUUGACGGCAGGUAUGUUAAGCUUACCGGUAGUUAUGCUAAUCCCUCCUGGUUAACCAGCGUGGCAUGGGGUAAGCUCACCGGCGUACCUUCUACGUUUGCACCAUCAGCCCAUACACAUGCAGAAAGUGAAGUAACCAACCUAGUAAGCGAUUUAGCAGGCAAGGCACCUACCUCACAUAAUCAUACGCUGAGCCAGUUGUCACAGAGCGGAGCCACUACCAACCAGGUUGCACAAUGGAACGGCAGCGCGUGGGUACCGGCAACCGUUUCAACCGGUGGUUAUACGCCACCUGGUGACAAUACUAAAAUACUGGAUGGCACCGGAGCUGCCAUUACUCCUACAAAAUCAUUGGUUGGCCUUGGUAGUGUUGACAAUACGCCUGAUGCCAGCAAGCCGGUAAGCACUGCGCAGGCUGCUGCCAUUGCUUUAAAAUACGAUGCCACCAACCCGGCAGGGUAUGUUACCAGCGCUGGCGCUGCCUCUGCUGCGCCGGUUCAGAGUGUUGCCGGUAAGACCGGAACCGUAUCACUUGUAAAGGGAGAUGUUGGCCUUGGUAGUGUAGACAAUACAGCUGAUGCCAGCAAGCCAGUAAGCACUGCGCAGGCUGCUGCCAUUGCUUUAAAAUACGAUGCCACCAACCCGGCAGGGUAUGUUACCAGCGCUGGCGCUGCCUCUGCUGCGCCGGUUCAGAGUGUUGCCGGUAAGACCGGAACCGUAUCACUUGUAAAGGGAGACGUUGGCCUUGGUAGUGUAGACAAUACAGCUGAUGCCAGCAAGCCAGUAAGCACUGCGCAGGCUGCUGCCAUUGCUUUAAAAUACGAUGCCACCAACCCGGCAGGGUAUGUUACCAGCGCUGGCGCUGCCUCUGCUGCGCCGGUUCAGAGUGUUGCCGGUAAGACCGGAACCGUAUCACUUGUAAAGGGAGACGUUGGCCUUGGUAGUGUAGACAAUACAGCUGAUGCCAGCAAGCCGGUAAGUACCGCUCAGCAGGCGGCAUUGAAUAUAAAAUUAGACUCUAUAAAGGCUAUUAACGAUUCUACAUUCAGGCAAUGGAAGAACGGCACCUAUACAGAUGUAGUAAUUAAGGGCGGCAAAGUAAAGUUGCAGGUAGAUUAUACCAGGGGCUUAAGUACGAUCGGAGAUUCUAUGCUUACCAUGGAUUUGAAGACUGUGGAUGGCGUAUCUCCAUACGGCAAUGGUAAUAUUGUUACCACCGGCAGAGGCAAGUGGUAUACCGUGACUGAAGCGCCUACGGUUGUAAUUGACCUGGACAGCGGCAAGCUUCAGAAGGUUUCUCUUACUGCCAACCGGCUUAUAUCUUUCACCCAUGUUCACGAAGGCUCAUACAUUGAACUUUGGUUUUACCACUUAACUGCGGGUGCUAAGAUUACCAAUAUGCCCGCAGAUGAACCGUGGGACAGGCAAUGGGCGACAGGAUUGAAUGAGCGGACGGUGUACAAGGGAACUUAUGACAGCGCGGCUGGCGUGUGGAACUGGAGCGUUGAUGUGCAUCCUGUAUCAACCUCUAUGGUGAUGGUGCAGCAGUCUGAACAUGAGAUGACUGCUUACCUGAAACUGACCCCUAAUAAGUAUGCGUAUUUCACCGCAGGAAAGGCUUUAGGUAUUACACACAAAUGGUGGCAUACUGACAUCUAUACAGAUAGCCUUUCUGCCAAUGGAUACCGCGCAACAAUAAAAAAAUCAGCCGAUACCCUGGCUAUUGUUGGUGGCAUGACAUUUACCCCCGGAUUAAGUGGCGCAAUGUCAGUUAAGGAAAUGAAGCAAAUGACGCUUGAUUUCAUUAACCACCCGGCCAUCUAUAAAAAUGGCGGUAAGCCGGUAAUUGCUGUUUACAAUUUUGACAGCUUGAAAUUUGUGCAAUGGGUAGAUACAAUGGCCGCUUAUGGAUAUGCGUCCAAUAGCUACCUGCGCAUGGUAUCUACAUCUGCUUACCCGCAAUAUCAGUACUGGUUAACGCCUGCCAGAUGGGUAAACAAUGUUGGCGUUAUAGAGGAUAGUGCCAGCGCUGCCCAGGUUUACAAUUUCAAUCCCCUGGUUGACGGCUUGAUGAAUUUUAGCGGCGACAAAGCCACCAGCAUAGAUUCACUGGCAAAAAACAGGGUUAUUCUUGAAAACUCCUGCAUUACAAAGGCAAGUAACGCACGCGGAAAACUUUCUUAUGCAGGGUACACAGUAAUGUACCAUAAUGACGCUGUUCAGAACUGGGAUAUUGGAUUACGCGGCGCUGAUUCUGUUUUAAUGGCAUUGGUAAACAUGCCGGUAAACAAUCGGCCGACUUUUGUAGGCCCGUCCACUUCCAAUGAUAUGAACGAGCUGACAAAUGCAGGCGCUGCUUUCACGACUGUAACAAAUGGAGUAUUUUAUCAACCCGAUUUAAGUGCUCAUUAUUACGAGGCUACCGGCGCAUUUCCUUCAAUGGAUAAAAGCGGUAUUACAGAAUUUUUCAGGCCGCACAUGAAUGCCUUAAAGAAUGGAGCUACAACGCUCAGCUAUCCGCAAAACAGAAUUGUAGCUAAAUACGGAUUACACCCGCGUAAUGCUACACCAUCGAAUGUUAUACCGUCUGCCCUGGUACCAUACCGUUAUGCAGAUAGUUUGAUGAUUACACAAACGAAGUGGAAUGCUUCGCGCGCCGCCAAUACACCGGCAUGGGUGGCAGGAAAUAAAUGGGCACUAUAUGACCGCAUUGAAAUGGCCGUGUGGCUUACCGAUUCGGCUUACCUGGUAAUUAAUGGCAAUGUAUCACCUACAAAGUACGGCCCUGGAAAAGGCUUCUAUUCAAUUGCAGCACCAACUACAGGACUUCCUAUUAUACCAUCAUUUGCCAUACGUGUUGGCGGUACGGAUAUAGUAAGCGUUUCAGGCAGUCAGGCAAUUACAACCUCUACAUGGCCGGGACACCUGCUCGCUAUUGGCCAGGGAGAAAAGCACGUAUGGAAUACCGGCAAUACCGUUUAUAUGGAUAUGGACAGCGGAGUUGCUACCGGCGCGUUUCGUAUGGCUGUAGCGCCUGUUAUAAGCAGCGCGGUUUAUGUGUUUGUGCCAGACCCGACAACUGGCUAUACCAAAAGGGUUCUUGCUUCUUCAUUAGUAGGCAGCGGCAGCGGCACCGUUAAAAUAUUACAGUACCUGGUAGCAGCAACUAAGGACAGCACAUUUGCACAUGACUCAAUACGGGGAAGGCAGAUUGAUGUCUACAGAAGCGGAAAGCGGCUUUACCCUGGUGUGGAUUAUAUAUUCAAUGAUACGACUGUUACUUUCCGGCCAUUCUGCCGGCAAUAUGAACCCAUCAGGAUAGAAUAUGGCAGCUUCAAUGUAACAACCAUUGUACCAGGCGGAGGCGGUGGCUACACUCCUCCAGCUGUGUUGCGUGACCUGGUUCUUGAAACACGAACCGCCGGAUUGUCGGCAUCUGGAACAUCUCCACGUAACUAUGAUGGUGGCACAACCUGUGGCGGCUAUCUAAACACUGGUGUAUCAGACAGCAUCUUGCCUGCCAGUUAUAAUGGCCGUAUACAGUGGCAGACAAUAGGCACCAAUUCUAACAACUGUAUUGUCGGCCUGAAAGCAUCAGCUACAAACGAACCAUACAGGACAGGGUCAGUAAAUAAUUUUGCUGUUGGAGCCAUGAGGCUUGGUACUGAGCUGUAUGUUCUGAAUGGAAUAGCUGAUAUUGUUGGUACAGGCAUAAAUGUAAGCGGAGAUAUUUAUUUAUCCAUCAAUAAGACAGGCACGGUCUACACGCUUGAAACCUCCACAACCGGCGUUGAUGGUAGCUGGACAGUUAGAUACACUUUCAGCUAUACGGACAACGUGAAUUUGCACGGCUGCGAUUACUGGAAGCUCUAUGAGUUUCCCAGCUGGGAGACAAUCAUGCUGCGCAACUUAAAAAUAAGCAGCGUGGCUGAUACAGUUCUUGUGCUGGAUAGCGGCAUAGUUAAGAAGGUGCAUAAGUCUGCGCUUGGUUUUGGUUCAGCAACAUGGGGAAGCAUCGGGGGUACAUUGAGUUCACAGACUGACCUGGUAAGCGCCUUGGCGGGUAAGGCUGCUACAACGCACACACAUGCAGAGAGCGACAUAACCGGCUUGGUGUCUGAUUUGGCAGGUAAGGCUGCAACAUCGCAUAGUCAUGCACUGAGCGACUGGACGCAAAGUGGAGCAACUACUAACCAGGUGGCACAAUGGAACGGAAGUGCCUGGGCACCUGCAACCCUUUCAGGCGGUUCAAACUGGACAAUAAGCGGUGCGGAUAUUUAUCGGAAUAGUAAAGUUUCGAUAAAUAAUGCCGCCAUUGGUGAUAGUGCAUUUCACGUUACAGGUGGAGAGCAUAUAACUGGUAGUUUAUUGGUUGACGGAUGGAUAAGGAAUCCGAAAUUUUGGAUUGGUACACCGCAGCUUGGUACUAUGUUCUAUUGGAAUGCAGAUGGAAGCCUUUCACAGAUAACCGGCACCAGCGGCCAGUAUGUUCAAUGGAGUGGUGGCGCGCCAAUCUUUGCUACUGCGGAUGCUUCUCCUGCAAGUAGCAGCAUAAACGCGGUUCAAUCUGGCGGCGUAUUUACCGCCCUGGCUGGAAAGGCUGACAAGGUUAUUACAACACAGGGAGAUUUAGUUAUUGGUAACGUCAGUGGUAUAGGUGCAAGACUUCCUAUUGGUAGCAAUACUCAGGUAUUAACCUCCAACGGUACUACCGCAAGCUGGCAGACACCAUCGAGCGGCUUUGCCAACCCAAUGACAACAGCUGGAGAUGUUAUAUAUGGCGGUUCCGGAGGAGCUGGUUUAAGGCUUCCGGCUGGCACAUCUACACAGGUAUUACACAGCGGUACAACGCCAUCAUGGGGCGCUGUUGGAUUAACAACAGAUGUAUCUGGCAUAUUGCCAGUGGCCAAUGGAGGCACCGGUACUGCAUCACCUGGCAUUGUACAGGGUACAGGUAUCACGGUAACAGGUACAUGGCCAAACCAAACGGUCAAUACUUCUGCAAUGGUUAGUCCUAUGACUACGAUUGGAGAUUUAAUACAGGGAACUACAGCAGGAGCGCCUGCCAGGCUGGCCAGCGUUGCUACAGGUAACGCUUUAAUAUCGGGCGGUGUUGGUACAGCAUCCAGUUGGGGAAAGAUUGGCCUUACAACCCAUGUAAGCGGUACGCUGCCUGUGGCUAAUGGAGGCACCGGUGCGACUGCUUCUACAGGUUCGGGUAACGUUGUACUUGCAACAUCGCCAUCACUGGCCGGUACGCCACUGGCAACAACCGCAACGGCAGGUACCAAUACUACACAAAUUGCGACUACGGAAUUUGUAACAAACGCAACACCAUUCAGGUACUCAGCUACAGCAGAUGUAACUGUGGCAAAUACUACAACUCUUACAACCCUGUUAAGUGCUACACAACGGGGUUCAAAUAUAUUGGCUGCUAAUAGCCUCAUAGUUGGUAGCAGGGUGAUAAUGGAAGGUGAAGGUAUUAUAAGCACAGCGGCCAGCGGCACGGCGUUCGUGAUGAACCUGAAAAAUAGCAGCAGUUCUAUUAACUGUUCGGGCAUUCUUUCAUUGAGCUUGACUAAUUCGCCAGUAGAAUUCAGCGGAGCUAUUGAUAUUACCCAGACCAACGGCGGUAAUACCCUGGCCAGUGGUGAUACAUUGGCUGUUACUGGCACAUUUAGUAGCACGGCUAUUCACGGCAUCACCGGCACAAGGAUUUUUAUUGAUGCUUCCGGCGCAACGGUUACCAGCCCUUAUCCAGCUUACCAGCAGGACGAGUGGUAUGAUUUGGAUGGGGUGACUAUUGCCGGUUUUUAUUUUCACAACUGGUAUGGCUUUACAAAAAUGAACCGGUAUGUACAUGAUUGCAAGCUGCUCAAUAUUCGUGUUGUGAAUGAUGCCGGAAGUCACCCGGAAGGCUAUAUAAAUCAGCCGUGGAUGCAGUGGGAUAAAGCGGCCACUACAGAUAUGGUAUUUGCUGGCGCUAAGAGCAAAACUUUUUAUAAUGAUACAAUACAGGGUUGCUACUUUGACGGCUUUGCAAAUACGAUCGUAAUUCGUAUCGGUAGCAACUGGAACGGUACUGACAAUGAAAUAAACCGCAGCAUUGCGCUUGACUUCAGGUUUAUUGGUGACACAUUCAAAAAUGUUAUAAGAACAACAGGCGGCAGUGUUGGGGCCAUCAGUGGCACCGGCUUUAAGUGUUAUAUGGAUAAAAUGGUUUUCCAGAAUAUUGACGGCGUAGGAAGCGCCAAUGCCAGCCACAACGAAACAGUAUUAUGGUAUGGAACAAUCAGAAUGCUUCGGUCUAGGCAAUCGGGCUGCUACGCUGCCAUGCUGCGCAAUGUGGCGCUGGCCUGGACUGGUCUGCCAGGCUACAGGAACGGGGAGUUCAGCGCCUGGGCUGGCAAUAUAGUUGACCAUCAGCUGAGCUACAGCGGCGCUGAGUUCACUACAAGCAAUGCAGGCAACCGUAAUACUGGCAAUGGCUUCUACCCCUGCCAGGUCUAUUCUGUUUACAACAGCACAUUCAACACAGUGGCCAGAAGCUACAAUAGCCCAUAUUAUUACUACGGCUUUGCUGGUUGCGAUGUGGUGAAUGUUGAUACCGUUACCGCCAACUAUAAUGCCGGUAGUAAGAUAGAGCGGGAUUAUCUGGACUUCCGCGCUACAUGGGACAGUGUAAACAGGAAGAUGAUUGUAGCUGUGAUUGGCGGAGCGCCAACGGUUCUGACAACAACUGGCAACCGGAUUUUUGAAACGCAAAGCAGCGCCGUCUUUUUGGAUACAGCUGCAUUUGUGCCAGGUUUCUCACUUAAGCUGGCAACGCCAGUGUUGUUGUUGGCCAUGGGCCGCUUGGUUUGUUCCUGGGCUUUGUAUUUGUUGCUCUUAUUUGUGCAGCCAUUAGCGUGCUGA